GGCUGGGGACUAGAAGACUUCCUCAGUAGGGCGCUCAGGGCUUGCGUCGCCCGCCCCUUUCGACGGGCUUAUAUAAACUCCAGCCGCGACCCAAGAUCAUUCUAGUUUCUCUUCUUUCCGAAGAAGCCUCGCGGAGCCCAGCGAAGGAACCUCACCCUCGCCGAGCCUAGAACCGGGAGGGAGGAGGCCAGCGGGGCGUCCCCGGCAGAUUUGCCCGCGCUCCUUCCCUUCCUUUCCACCCGACUGCCGUCGCAGCUGACUUUCCAUCUGACGCAAGGGCCCGGCGGGCGAGAGCUGACCUCUCCACCCGAGAGCCGAGCGGGAAACCGAAACCGCGCGGCCCAGCUAACGGCGGCGCAGGGCGCGCCCAGCAGCAGCACCGCCCGCGCGCGCCUCCCCCGCACCCCCUCCCGGACACUUGUAAGUUUCGAUUCUCCUCCCCGCCGAGUCCCGCGCCCCGGAGGAGCCUGCACGUCGCGCGCGCCAUGGCGGACCCGGAGGUGUGCUGUUUCAUCACCAAAAUCCUGUGCGCCCACGGGGGCCGCAUGGACCUGGACAAGCUGCUCGAGAAGAUCGUGCUCCCCGAGGCGCAGCUCCGCGACUUGCUGGAGCAGGCCGGGCCCGACCGCUUCGUAGUGUUGGAGACGAGCAGCAGUGCCGGGGUCACCCGGACCGUGGUGGCCAACACUCGAGCCCGGGUCUGCCGUCGCAAGUACUGCCAGAGACCCUGCGAUAACCUGCAUCUCUGCAAGCUCAAUCUGCUCGGCCGGUGCAACUAUUCGCAGUCGGACCGGAAUUUAUGCAAAUAUUCUCAUGAGGUUCUCUCAGCAGAGAACUUCAAAAUCCUAAAAAUGCAUGAGCUCUCUGGACUUAAUCAAGAGGAAUUAGCAGUGCUCCUCGUCCAAAGUGAUCCUUUUUUUAUGCCUGAGAUAUGCAAAAGUUAUAAGGGAGAGGGUCGCAGGCAGAUUUGUAACCAGCAGCCUGGGUGUGACAGACUCCACAUCUGUGACCACUUCACCCGAGGUAACUGUGGUUACCUCAAUUGUCUCAAGUCCCACAACCUGAUGGACAGAAAGGUGCUGGGGAUCAUGAGAAACCACGGGCUGAACGCAGACGUGGUCCAGAGCAUCCAAGACAUCUGCAACAGCAAGCACAUGCGGAAGAACUCCCCCGGGUUGAGAGCUCCUUUCCAUCGUAGAGCCGGGCCGUACAAAGCUAGAAGCAAAAGUAGAGAGCGAUUCUUCCAUGGCAGCCAGGAAUUUCUGCCAUCUUCCACUCAAAGGUCCUCCACGCCCAGUCCAGACCCGACGGGCCGCAGUGCUCCCGGGGAUGACGUGCCUGUGGAUGGCCUCACCCACAAGUUCACCUAUCUGGAGACUCAGGAUCUCGCUCAGCCCUCCUCGCCUUCGGCUAAAGCUACCAAUCUUGGAGGAGCAGGUGAGGACGGGGCAAGCCAGAGGUUUUCCGAGAAUGGCAGUCCAAAAGGCCUCUUUUAUGGGAAGCAAAGCAACACUUACCUUGUUUCUGAUUCAACACCAGCCUCCAACUGGAAGGACCCCACGCCCUGGCCGAAGGACCAAGGCACCGGGAAGGAGAGUGUGUUUUCCCCAAUUCUGACUGCCGCCCGCCCUCCUCUUGGUUCUGCACCAACACCUGAAGCUGUGACCGCCGGAAACAGCACAGGCAUGCUUUACUCCGACCUGAGGGACACCAAGGGCAGAAGUGGAACUCAAGAUCUCCAGCAUGUUUCUCUUUUCCAUAAUAAUGCUGAUGGAGGGGCCGCUGGCGUAACUUCCGCAAGAUAUUUCAAUUACAACAGCACAACCAACAGUCAGAGAGAAACAUCACUCCCUAGGGAUCGAGACGCUGGACCUGCUUCCCGGGAUCUCCAGACCACUGGCCAAAUUACCGAGGGCGAUACUGCCGCAGUGGCAUUUGUUAACGGUAAAUGCGGAGGGAAGACAUUUUCGGCUAGUAAAACCACCCACAGUUCACCAGAUGGCUCUAGUGACAUUAUGGAUAAAACUACUAAUGUAUUAAUAGAAAAAACUGGUGCCACUGGCUUUGGUUUAAAAACAUCAGUCACUGGGGGAAAAGAUGUAUUGUGCUCUGGAAGUCAGAGUGUGAGAAGCCAGGCCCUGGCCACACCUGGAGAAACCACUGCCCCCGCACCAGUCAGCACCCUGCUUCAGUCACCUUCCUCAGGCAACAGAGCUGCAGCCUGUGGGACCCUUGGUCAGAACUCCACCCAAGUCCCUGUUCCCCCUGCCGGUGAGUCCACAAGGAGGACCCCAGGCUGUGCUCAGUGUACCAUGUCUUCUUGGGUACAUGAUCCUAGCUUAGAGAAAAUUUGUCUUGACCAUCUGCAUGAGGGAUGUCAGCUCAAUGAGAGCUGCGACAAAGACCACUUCCACCUGCCCUACCGGUGGCAGAAGCUCAGCGGAAAGAAGUGGGAAGACUUCGAGCACAUGGAAGCGAUUGAGGAAGCCUAUUGCGCCCCCCAAAACUGUGUCUUUUUAGCGGGAAAGGGCAGAAUCGAUUUCGAGAACAUGAUUUGUGAUUCCAUGCCCAUCCGACGCAUGUGCACUCCCACAUCUAUAGGGAAGGCGGCCGACUCUGUCUUUACCACCGAAUGGAUCUGGUAUUGGAGGAAUGAAUAUGGCAAGUGGAUUCCAUAUGGGGAAGAGAAAGAUAACCAGAAAGGUUCGAACAUUGACUCUUCAUACCUGGAGUCUGUCUAUCAGCAUUGCCCAAGAGGAGUUGUGAGGUUUCAGGCGGGUCCACGGAACUAUGAACUGAGUUUCCAAGGGAUGAUUCAGACAAACAUAGUUUCCAAGACUCAAAAGGACGUCAUCCGAAGGCCAAAGUUUGUGUCUUCGUGGGAUGUGAAUCAGAAGAGAAGGUGGCCCGACUAUCAACCAGUGCAGACCACGCCAGAGCCUUUAUCCUCGACAUUUCUUCCUCAGCAGGACCCUGGCUUCCUACCCUCGAAUGAGUUUAAGUUGUUAGAGCUCAAUAACCAGCAUUUGGAAUAUGCCAAAAUAAGUAAGCAUUUUGGAGCCUCCAUGAAAAAUUUCAAGAUUGAAAAGAUAAAGAAGAUCCAGAACCAAAAUCUCUUAGAUAAUUUUAACAGGAAGAAAAAGCAGAUGAAGAAGGAAGAAGAAAAACUCCUGUUUUAUGCAACGAGGCACACUCAUGUGGACUCUAUCUGUGCGAAGAAUUUUAACUGGACCAUCCAUGAAACUCAUGAACCCAAAUAUGGAACAGGAAAUUACUUCGCAAAAGAUGCCAUCUAUUCACACAAAAAUUGCCCGUAUGAUGCCAGAAACAUCAUUAUGUUUGUAGCCCGCGUCCUGGUUGGAAAUUUUAUCGAAGGAGAUAAGACAUACACAAGCCCUCCACCGCAGUACGACAGCUGUGUGGACACUAGUUUGAAUCCCUCCGUUUUUGUCAUAUUUGAGAAAGAUCAGAUUUACCCAGAGUAUGUGAUUGAAUAUACUGAAGCAGACAAAGCCUGCGUGAUCAGUUAGAACUGAUGAAUACAGUGUCCUAAGGAUGCCAUCGCCAUUUUAUUCUCUUACAUAACCAAAUUUCCCAGAUAGUAGUUAAACUUUCAUAUUUCCUUGCCCAGUUAUCUAAUGUGUUAGGUCAGUGAUUCCCAAACUUUGUUAUACAUUGGAAUCAUCCAGGAAGCUUUAAAAAAAUUCCAGUGCCCAGGUUGCACCCCAUGCCAAUUAAAUCACUAUUUCUGAAGGUAGGUCGUAUUUUUUAAAGCUUUCCUGAUGAUUCCAAUGUGUUGGAAAGUUCGCAUUGUUUUAGAUGUAAUUGGUAAAGGCUCAUUUCUAAAUUUUCUAUAAUUGCAGCUACAUGUCUCCCAUCUAAUCAUUUAGUGUACAGUGUGGCAUGGUUUUUUGUUUUGGUUAAAUUGAAAGAAAAUUAAUUUGGGAAAUUUGAGAGAAAUCUCACAAUGCAUAUUGAAAUAAGGACAUAAGAAAUGUCUUUCAUCCUUGGAUGAAAGAUUGUGAACAACUGGGAAGGAAAUGCUUGGGCACAUGCUAGGGAAAAAGUGAAAAGUGAAAUUUAAAUGUUAUUGUAGACAUGGCUGCAGUACUGUACCUUACCUCUGUGAUGAAACUGAUUUGUGUCACACAUUUCUUUAUUGCUACACUUAUUUGGGGGACAAACUCCAUCCAGGUUGACUCCUUCUGUAAUGCCAAGUGUGGCUCAGAGAGAAGCAACCAACUGGAGUUAAUUGCCCAUUUGGGCUCUUUAUAUAAUUAUGGGAAAGUAGACAUUUUGUUGUAAUUGAUGUGAUUACAGAGAAGGCUUUUAUCAGGUCCGGCUUUCAUGAAAUCGUCUGUAUUUUGAGGGAACAGAAUUGCAGUAACCAAAUUUACACAAGCAUGACUGAUAAAUAUUAGUGCUUUUAUAGUUGUUUGCUGCAGCAGAUGAGCCUCGCUAAGAAAUUAGGAGCAUCGCCAUCCCUACUGAAGGACCGGCCUCCUAAGGACAUGAGAUUUGAUUCCUGGUGAACAUAGAAUCAGAACUAGGAGAACAAUGUCGUAAACCUUGUGCCUACUAAAUAUCUUUUAUUUAAUGUGACGAAUUUCUAAAUGUAGCGGAUUGUAUGGAAUUGUAGUACAGUUUUUAGAGAAGGGGAGGUGCUUGGACCAAUAUCUCUUUCCUUAUUAUGAAUCAGGUUUUUUCUUCCAAUUUUCCUUUUCUAACAUUCCUUACCAAUUACUUGUCAACAUUUCCUGUUAUAGUUCCUUCCAGCAGACAUGUCACAGAUAAUUAAUUAGCAUUAGAGUUGAUUUUAUAUUAGGUAGAUUUUGGACCAGUAGUACAAAGAUCUCCACAAUUCUUAGUUUAAAGGGCUCCAUCAGUAACAAAUGUAUACAGAUUUUUUUAGAGUAGGAUUAUUUUCUGGGAGUCUUGCCAUAAAUGGUUAUUCUCAGUCAUGUAUUUUUUCAUGGUAUCAUCCAUUUUGGAGGGUUCAUUUCCUGACCUUGACCCUCACACUGUAGAAGUGCAUUUUAUCCAACUCUUUCCAGCUGCCUGUUAGGCACCUGUAGGUGGAUAGUUCACAGACAUCAUCGACUUUACACAUCCAAGAUGGAACUCUCAAUCUGCCUCCCUCACACGUAUCAUUACCUAUAUUCUGUGUAUAGGUAAAUGCCACCAUCCACCCAUCCGCACAAGCAGAAAUCCAGAAGUCACCCUUAACUCCUUGUUGUCCCUCAAAUACACAUCUGAACAGUUCCCAAAUACACUUUUACCUCUUAAACGUUUCUUUUCCCUUCUAAGUUGUUCUUCUACACAAGCCACUGUGGCUUUCUUUCAGUCAUGUGGCUCCUGUUUUUACCUAGUUCAGUAGUUCUCAAUGAGCACUUUUGCCUUUUAUUUUUAUAAGGGCAAUUACAAAUACGUCUUCUUUAUUAUCCUCCAACUCCACUUCAGGUAACAUGCUCUACCUAUGCACAAUUUUAGAAAUAAGUGAAAAAUUAAAUAAAACUAAUAUUAACAUAAAAGGGAAAUAAACGGUAUAUAACCUGGGGACAACUAUGCUAGAAGAUCUAAUGAAGUAGUCAGAUGUUUACACCUAGUUAUAAUGAAUAAAUUUGAACUUAAAAGAAGGUAGGAGAUCAGAAACUAGUUUGUGCAAAGAAGCAUGAGAAAAUGAAAAAGCAGAGAUAUGAGUGGACAUCAGAAUAAAAACUAGGAAUAUAACAACUUACUUGCAUAUAAUAAUAUUUAUUUGUAUAUGAUAAGAGACAGACUGAAGUUACCUUAAAUUAAAAUACAGAUAGUAUGCAAGAAAAUUUACAGAUUGCCGAAGUGGAGAAAAUGAGGAAAUAUUAUAUUCUUGCAGACGAGCUGUCGUCAUACAUGAAUGUCUUGUGAGACAUUCAAAAUUCGUGUAGGGUGCAAAAUAAUUUCUUAUUGUGAGGAACUGUCCAAUGUAUUGCAAGAUGUUCAGCAUACUUGGCUCUCACAUGCUAAAUGCCAGUAGCACCCCCGUCCCCACCCCCAAUCAUGGUGAUAACCACAAACACCGUCAGACCUAUUCAACCUUUGUAGAGGAGAUAGUUUGUAACAUCCUCUUUGCUGUCCUGAUAUAUUCAUAAAUGAUAAAAUCUACUUACACACAUGAAUUUCUUUAAAAAUCAAUGUAAUGCCUUAACUCUAUUAUAAUGGAGAAAUAGAAGGUAAGAAAUUUGUAAUGAAAAUAAAAUGAAUCUCAAUAUGUAAAUGCACAGGCAUGACUAUGCCAUGUAAGACCUGAAAUAGAUUUACUUACAAUGAAUAGGUUUGGAUUUAAGAGCCGAUCAGAGGCUGCCUCCUGUGAGGAAGUACAGGAAUAUGAAUGAUUAGAGGUACGGAGGACACUAGAAAUAAAACUAGUUAUUAGGAUAAGUCACAACAUACCAUAUACCUUAUCUGUAUAUGGCAAAGGAAAUAAGAAAAUUUCCUUACUUGAAAUAAGAAUAAUAGGACAAAACCAAUUACAGGUUGUCUCAGAGGAAACAAAUCAAUGAAACUCUCUCAGACAAGCUGUAGGGUCCUACAUAAAUGUCCAGCAGGACAUUAGAAAGUCGUUUGGGGUUCAGAAUAAUUCUUCGUUGUGUGGGACAAACCCCUCUGCAGAACAUCUCUUGUCCCUGCAGCACCCGCUCAAUGCCGGUAAUAGUCCCCCACCGUGAUGGGAGCACCACCAACCCCUCAAUCUCCUAAAUACCAUCGGGAGAACCACUGACCUAGUUGAUGUGUACCACCCUCAGAUUAGGCAAACUGUUAUCUGUGAAGAAAUAGAAAAACUUAAACCAUUGUGUUUUGUACUUUACACCUUGCUUUGUUCAUUUUAAGUAUCUAUCCAACCUGAAAUUUUCUGCUGUUUGCAUGGGAAUGCAAGCUUCUGAAGGGCAAAGCUGUUUUGUCCACUGUGCCACGCCUGAUGCCCAGGCUUGCUGAUCCAUUGGCUAACUCUGUUGAAUAAAUUAAGCUCACCUCUGUAUAUUUCAGUUGAGUUGUAUUGCUUCUUGUUAUUCACCUGAAUUUGAACUAAUAAAAAGAAAGAAUGAA